CAGAAACCCUAACUCGCCACCAAAACUCCUCGUCCCCUACCCUACCUCCUCCUCAAACACCCGCGGCCUCCUUCACCUCGCCGCUUCCCACCACCGCGAGCGAACGAGAGCGGCGGCGGCGAUGGGGAAGGCGUCGAAGGGCUCGCGGAAGGGGAAGAAGGCGUGGCGCGCCAACAUCAGCACCGACGACAUCGACGAAUUCUUCGAGAAGCAGACGCGGGACUCCCACGCCGGCGCCGCCGCCAUCCCAUCGCUCUCCUCCGAUUCCCUCUUCUACGUCGACAAGCCCGCCGCCUCUGCGUCCGCUUCGGCCGCCAGCGCCUCCGGCACAACUACCAAAGAUAUUCCUGUCAAAAGGAAGAUUGAGAAGAAGAGAGAGAAGGUUCUUUACCAUGAGAGUGUGCUGAAGCGGAACCCGUUUGUACAGCCAGUCCCAUCCUCUGUGGUGACCAAGAAGGAGAAGAAGAAGGCAAAGAAGAAGGAGUUGCAGGAGACACACAAAGAGAAAAGUGUCCCCAUGGAUGAUGAUUCCACUGAAAAGAACCUUGACAUAUGGGGUGGGGAUUGUAAAGGAGAUACUAAGGCAAAAAAGAGAUCUACUACAACGGCAUCGGUGAUUCCUGCUGUUGAAGUUGAGCCCCCAGGAUGUUCAUUUAAUCCUCCAUUUGAAGCACAUCAGGAUUCCCUUGCUCAAGCAGUUGCAGAUGAAAUGCGUAAAAUCUACACAAAAGAAUUGGGGCCUAAACCUGUGCCACUUAUAGUUCCUGGUGAAGCUAUUACUGAAGAAGAUAAAUUCUUUCUUGAUGCUGACGAUGCAGAUGAAGAUGUUUCAGUGGGUGAUGGAGAUCAGGAUGCUGAUGCGGCUGGACAGAGGAAGAACAAAACAAAAAGAGUUACAAGAGUAGAACUGAACAGAAGAGCUCGUCGUAAGGACAGGUUAAGAGCAGAAGUGGAGGCAAAGAAAAUAGAAAAUCUUUCAAAGGAAAUCGACAGCUUGCCAAAUAUAAUAGAUGAGAUAGCUAAAGAGGAUGAUGAAAAGUUGAAGAAGCGCAUACGGCGAACUGUGACCAAAGAGGAAAGGCUCAAAUCAGGCCCUCCUCGUCUGGGCAGACACAAAUUUGAACCAGCCCCUGUGCAAGUUCUAUUGACUGAAGAGAUUAGUGGCUCUCUUAGAAAUCUAAAGGGCUGUUGUAAUCUAGCAAGGGAUCGCUACAAGAGCAUUGAGAAACGUGGAAUGCUUGCACCAAACAAGAGAAUGAGCAAACGUCGCUAGAAGAGCCAAGUUCCAGUAUGAUGGGUGGCCCAGUUAUCUUAAUCUCGGGGGGUCCUCAAACAAUGUUGAUGAAAAGGCGCUGGUGAAGCAUCAGAGGCCUAAAAGAAGUUGCUCUCGUCAAAUGGUGCUGAUAAGCCUUCCUAAAGUGCCCAUUGUAGACCAAGAGCAUGUUUUACCGGACUCGCAUUUUUUUACAUGUUCAGUGUUCACUAGGGCUAUGUUUCGUCCUUGCAAUGAUUGAUAUGCCUCGCCAGUGGGAAGACGAUAUGUUAUGAACCUGAGGUAAUUUUGAUCCAGUGCUGACGAAAUAAUUUUCGUCCUUUGUUUUGCCAAAAUAAUUUGCGUAUUAAAACAAGAUGGGAAUCAUGAUUUAA